CUGAAAGCGGUCAGUUGGAAACCACACGACAGCUACGCAUGGGCGACAACGUGGGCGUCGCGGCCUCCUUGGCCCAGUACGACGAGACGCUCAACAAGCUGGGCGCGUACCCGGCCAAACCGAUCAUCAACAACCUCACGAUGAUUGCGGAGAACCUGGCGAUGGCCAAGCCGCUGGCGACCUUCUUGGUCUCGAAGCUGCACGGUGUCGUGCCCGCCUUCAAGCUCCCGAUCUUGUACCUCAUGGACUCGAUCUUGAAAAACGUUGGCGGGCCGUACGUGCAGCUUCUCGGCGGCAGCCUUCCGCCUGUCUUCGUAGAGUGCGUUAGAGUUGUGAAUCCAACCGACUUGAAGCGAUUUGUUCAUGUGUUGAAUACGUGGGAGAAAGUCCGCCUCUUCCCGGAGAACGACCUCGCCCGAAUGCGCGCCGCCACCGACUCUGCAACUCGCGUCGCGCAGCCCACGAACCAGCCAACAAGCUUUGCCGCGCGACCUGCACCGCCAGCUCGACCUGCUGCUACGCGCCCCGUCGCCGACGACAUGCAACUCCGCCUCCUCUUGACGAACCUCCAGAAUGAAGAAGGCAUCCACCCCGCGCAGCACAUGAGCCUCGAAGACGUGCGCAUGUCGAACCCCGCGUAUUAUGCGCAGCUCCUCGACUUCCACAAGAGUAUGCAACACCAAGGCCCACUUCAGCAAGCCACGCUUGCCCGGCCGCGUUCGCCGCCACGUCAACAACCGCCGCCCCAACGCCACGCUCCGAUGCAGCCCGAACUGAUGCGACCGCGCUCCCCUCGCACGCGCCCGAUGCCGGAACUGCGUGACCCUCGUGAUCCUCGCGACCCGCGGUAUGGCAACAACCCCCGUACGCAGCAACCGCCGCCCCGCAACGUACUCGCUUACCAACAGCGUCCUUCUGCUGCGCACCAGCUGUCGCAGCAACAUCAACCAACGCACCGACGACCUGUGCCUGCACCGUCCCGGUCGCCACCACUCGGCCAGCAGCCACCCACCCAAAAGACGACUGCCGAAGUUAUGAUGAUCUUGCAAAAGCUCCAAGGUAUCACAGCGCCAGGCUCGCUCGCGCCGGCCACGUCGGGUCUCAAGUGCUCCGAUAUCCAAGUCAACAAGCGUCGCAUCGACGCAAACAUCUACCUUCUUUACGAGGGUCUCCCGUUCGUCUGUGCUGGCAGCGGUGUCCGCUUUGCUAACGAGAAGCAGCUCUCUGAGCACAUGGACUUUUUGUUCCAAUACAACCGCGCUCAGCGCGAGCGCACGAAGGGCGGCAACUCGCGUCCAUGGUACCCUGACGAAGAGCAAUGGGCCACCGAUUUUUGCGCCGUCUCCAGCACAAAGGAAGUCGACGGCGUUGCUGCCAUUGCGCAACAAGAAGCUGAGGUCGACAAGGAUGUGCUGGACCAAGCCCGCGUGCCUGUCGACGAAGCGACCACCAAAUGCCGCAUCUGCGGCGAGCAAUUCUCCAAGUGCUGGGACGAUGACGAGGAAGAGUGGAUGUACCAGAAUGCGGUGCGCGGCACGAUCCAGACGUCGCCGCCGAAGGAAACAAUCUUCCACAAGUACUGCUAUGACAGCGUCGUCGCGUCGUCGAAGCUCAAGGUUAUCUUGCCGUCCCAGCUGGCGCCAGGAAGCCCACUCGUGACGAAGCGCGGCCUUGACGAGGCUUGCGACGAGAGUUCGAUGAAGCGUCCCCGCACGGCCGACGAAGUCUAGCUACUCGAACUAUCUAACACGAUUCUGCUCAUCCGUUAGCCCAGCGCCUUGCCUGCCACCUAACCCUUGAAAUAAAGAUGCAUAUUGUACAAACAUUA